AUGGAUUUAGCCAAAGAAGCUGCCAAGGCCGCUUCAGCUAUGGACUAUACCGGUGCCAUCGAUUCUUACACACGUGCAUUGAUUGAAAUGCCUCGCGCCGCCCCAUACUAUAUCGAACGUUCCAAAGCAUACACCCGUUUGUCGACCUCAAGUGGUGGUCCCAAACAUCACGCUGCUUUACGUGACGCUGAAAUUGCGUUGACACUUUCUAAGGAACGUGGUAGCCGUGAGCUCAUCUUGUCGUCUCAGAUGCGUCGAGCAAUCUCACUGUACAAUCUUGGUCGCCUCGGUGAUGCAGAAUAUCUUUUUUCAUCUAUUGAAGCCAAAAUCCGCGACGAUGGCGGCGAAACGCGACAGGGUCUCCACCCGGAGAAGAUAGCACCCUCAAAUGGUGGUCUUGGGUCCGCGGUUUCGGUCCACUUGAACAAGGUGCGCCGCGAGCUUAGUGAUCUUCCAGACGGCGACGAGAAGGCUCGAGUUGUGGUCUCUGUGGAUGUCAAGGGGCUUAGCAUUCCAACUGCCGAUGAAAUCAAGGCAGAAUUUGAUUUAGCCCAGGAAAAUGGAAAUGCGCAUCACACGGAAGAGACUUCUAGCGCCGCCCCUGGUACCAGUGACAACAGCGCACAUAAUACUGAAAAGACUGGCAAUCCCAGCUCAAAUGUCGCAGCUGCUUCAUCUCGUCCUGAAAUCCAAGAGUUCCGACACGAAUGGUACCAGUCUCAUGACUCUGUCGUGGUGAUCAUGUACGUUAAAGGAGCUAGCAAGGAUUCAGUAGAGUUGAAAGCCUCAGAAGACUCGAUUUCAGGCUCCUUCCUUGGUUCUGGAGGCAGCGUGAACAUAUUCAACUUCAGCCCUCUCUACGCCCCCAUCACAGGCGAACCCACCGUCUCAGUCAAAAUCAAUAAAAUCGAAAUGACUAUGCAGAAGAAAAUCCCCGGAAAGAAGUGGCACUCACUGAAGGCCCCAACUAAUGCCCCGGAUAUUACUGAUCGUCCUGUCGCAUCAGCCCCAGCCCCUGCUGCUGGCCCCGUCUACCCGACUUCAUCUCGUCAUGGUACGAAGGACUGGGACAAGACGAUAAACGAUAUUGUGGGGAAAAUGGUUGCCGAUGGUGACGUUCAAGACUCUUCACAAGAAUUAGAUGCCGGCGGUGAUGCGGUGAACGAUUUCUUCAAGAAGUUGUAUGCGUCCGCCGAUCCGGAUUCUCAACGGGCUAUGCAGAAAAGCUUUAUUGAGAGUAACGGAACGUCGCUUAGCACCAAUUGGGAUGAAGUGGGCAAGACCAGGAUGGAGCCGCACCCCCCGACCUAA